GUAGGCAAUUAAGGGAAGAACCUCUCUCUCUCUUACAGAGUUUCAUCUCUCUCUCUCUCUAAAAAGUUGAAGAAGACAAUAAAAUGAUUGAAGCCUUUAUAAUCUCACCAAGUCAAUAGUGUAUUAUUGGGCUUCUCAAAUCUCCUCUCUUCUUUUUCCCUUCUUCUACUUCUGCUCUAAAGAAAAGAAAGAGAUUCAUCCAUCCAUCCAUCCAUCAAACCCCAUCACUUUUACAAAUAAAUAUUACCAACCUUUAAAUUCAACACCUUCCUCUCUUUUCUUCUCAAAACCAACAUAUAUAUAGAGAGAGAAAUAGAAAUAGAGAGAGAUUGUGGUUCUGAAGAGUGAGAAAGAAAGUAAAAAAAAAAACAAAGAAAAAGAAAUGGCUCUGGAAGCACUGUCUUCGACAGAGCUGUUGAACUUCAUCAUGUACGAUUCCAAUCUCUCAGCUCCACCAGUUCCUCCUCCUCCAUUCUGCAACGAUUCCUCCGACAACUCUCCUCCGGCGGCGGCGGCGGAGUCCGGGAGGAAGAAGCGGCGGCGGAGGCCCAAAGUGUGCAAGAACAAGAAGGAAGCGGAGACGCAGCGAAUGACCCACAUUGCCGUCGAACGCAACCGCCGCAAGCAAAUGAAUGAACACUUGGCUGUUCUCAGGUCUCUCAUGCCCGAAUCUUAUGUCCAAAGAGGUGACCAAGCUUCGAUUGUUGGUGGAGCCAUAGAGUUUGUGAAGGAACUUGAGCACAUUUUGCAGUCACUUGAGGCCAAGAAGUAUUCAUUAUUGCUCAAAGGAAAUGGCCAAGAAAACAAGGACCACAUCCCUAAUCCAAACCCUAACCCUAACCCUAAUCCAAAUCUUGAUCAUCACAAUGAUCUUGUCGACACCAACCAAUCCAUUUUGGGAAGCCCUUUUGCUCAAUUCUUUGCAUACCCUCAAUUCAGCUGUUCCCACAACCACAACAACAACAAUCAUUUGGGCAACAAAUUCUCAUCCCAAACCAAGGCUGCCAUUGCCGACAUCGAAGUCACCUUAAUCGAAACCCACGCCAACAUCCGGAUUCUUUCUCGCCGGAGGGUCCGCCAGCUGUCAAAGAUCGUCGCCGCCUUCCAUUCAGUCCUCCUCUCGAUUCUCCACCUCAAUGUCACUACCUUGGACGCAUUCGUGCUCUACUCCAUUAGCGCUAAGGUGGAAGAAGGUUGCCAACUGAACUCAGCAGAUGACAUAGCAGGAGCAGUUCAUCACAUGCUUAGAAUAAUUGAGGAGGAAGCAAUCCUAGGUUGUGACAACCUAAGUUUUAAUUAAUAAAUUAAUUAGUACAAUUUAAUUUGUUGUUAUUGAUGUUUAAUUUACAUUGUUUAAUCGGCUGUGAAUGUUUCUAUGAUCUUUGUUUUUAUUUCAUGUCCCUAUAUUUUUUA